UGUUCAGUUGAGCAAGACCAAAUAGUCGAGUAACAGCUUCUCCUGAAUCGCUGCGAUAAAAUGGUGAAAUUGUUCGGUUGAAAAUUUUUCACCUAUUGUUCUCGUGGACCAGUGGGAUGAGGGGGAAAUUGGGGGAUUGCGUGACUCCGUGGGUUGUUGUGGGAGUUUUUGUUGGGGUCGCGUGUGCGAUUUACGAUCCGCGGGAGACUACUGUGAAGCCGCCGCAGAGGAGAGAGCCGAUUCCCUGGUACACGGAUACCCAGAAAUCGCGACCUCCCCCGCCGUUUCCGGGGGUGAAAACGAAGGCUCCGGGGAGUUGGGGGAAAAUUCCAGGGGGUGAUCUGGAGUUGAGUAGAGGGGGGUCUGAUGGGGCCGAUGUUCCUUUCGAGGUGUUCGAGGAGGAGGAUCAGGCGCAGAAAGAGACUACUAAGGGAUCGAAGGGAAUUCCGAAGGAGCAGAGUGUUUAUGAAGGCGCCACUGAUGAUCAAAAUAAACCGAGAAAAGAAUUAAUAAAGAGCUCUUCGAAGAGUCACGCUGCAGUAGUCGCAAAAUACGAUCCAAAAAUUGGAGUCGAAUGUCCCCAUCCCGAGGCAAACGGCCAGUUUGUCUACCCCCCAGACUGUAAAUUUUUCGUCAACUGCUGGAAGGGAAGAGCCUUCGUUCAGCCCUGUGCUCCAGGCACUCACUUCAAUCCAGAGACCCUUGAAUGUGAUUUUCCACACAAGGUGAAGUGCUACGGGGGCGAACUCGCCGAUUUUUCUGCUCCGGACAACCCCGAUCAUGAAAUCCGAGAGCCGAUGACUAGAGACUUCACUAGUCCCAAGUUGAAUCUGCAGCCGAAAUGUCCGGAACAAUUAAGUGGACUUCUGGCGCAUCCAAGUGAUUGUAGAAAAUUUUUACUUUGUUCAAAUGGAAUAACUCACAUUAUGAUUUGCGGCCCGGGGACUGUCUUCAGUCCUACAAUGAGUACCUGUGAUUUUCCCGCUAAUGUAGCCGGUUGCGAAGACGCCACUGAAGUCAACCAAGGAGCCUACAACUCUCACGUACGAGACGUCCCCUUGAAUCGAAAGAAUUUCGACGCCCCGAAGAAUUUCGAAAGCCACCAGUGGGGGCACCAACAACCCCCAGAGUCUCCUUCCUCCGGUUACACUAAACAAAAUUCGUGGCAGCCCCCGCGUCAAGUGAUCCAAACGGUGGCAUGUCCCAGUGGUUUCUCGGGAAUGUUGCCGCAUCCCUCCGAAUGCAAGAAAUUCCUCCAGUGUGCUCAUGGCAUUGCUCACAUCAUGGACUGCGGCCCGGGGACUGUUUUCAAUCCUACCUUUAGCGUCUGUGACUGGCCUUACAAUGUUCCGGGAUGUGGAGACAAACCGAAGCCAGAGGCCCCGCCUGCCGUUCCCCUGACCCCUUCUUGGGACUCGUCGACCCCCUGGUCACCAGCAACUCCCCAAAAUCAGUACGAAAGCCCCGGUAAUCAGUGGGGAUCGACCCGUUGGACCCCGAGCCCCUACCCCAGUGGAACAACUCACCCUCAGCAUCAACACAAUCAUCAUCAGAGUCACCACACUGGUCACCAGAGUCAUGGCCCUCAUCAGACGACUCGUCCAGGGUUUUAUCCAUUGCCCAAUCAAAACCAUCAACACCAGAACCACGGACGUGGAAACGACUUCGUCGAAGAUGUUCCUGGCCAACCCUACCCCAAUUAUCCUCACCAUCACCAGCAAGAAAGCCCUGGAAAUGGAGGCUACCAGCCCGGCAGAUACCCAGACCCUGCGAGUUACAACCGAGAGCGCCCGAAAUACCCCGGCAGAGACGGAAGAACAAGUCCUGGAUUCUCCCACCCCGAGGGGAACAUUUACGUGCCACACGGCAGCUACCCUUCGGGUGCACUUGACUCUGAGAAUUCUAGGAGAGAUUGGGACAAUAGCCCGGGGUGGAGACCGAAUUCUGGGCCUUACGGCAGUGGCGAUUCCCUUCCUGAAGAGUCACAGCCGCAGGGGUGGGCACCGCGACCUUGGGAUAGGAGGGAGAACCAGAGACCUGGAGCACCUCCACCCGAAGGGGGGAAUGUCUAUUCUCCGGAUAGACUUGAUCAGUGGCAGUCGAGGCCGAAUGUUAUCCAACAGGAGACUAAGCGCAGGGAGCAAGACGGCAGAAUGGAUGAUUGGUCCAGUAAAACUAGUGUUUUCGGGCAGGGGAAGGGUCAACCGAGUUCAGGAUCGAAAGGACCUCGGCCGCAGUUUCCUGGAAUCUACGUGAACGUAAAUGGAAGUAGAGUCAAGGGCCAUUACAUCGUGACGGAGCCUGAGGUUCACCAGGGCCAUUCCAACACUCGAAUCUACAACAGCACACCUGCAAAUUCUCCCAGUGUCCCUCCUCAGACGAAAUUCAAUGUUGAGCAGGGCAGGUAUCCCAAUCAAUUGGAGACCAGGUGGAAACUACAAAAAGAGGGGAAUCCCCCCAGCAUCGGCUCCGGGUGGAACAGACCGGACACUGACACCCCUACAGUUUCCAUCGACGAGAAUUACGAUGAUCUGGGGGCUGAUGAGUCCAACGAAUACCCAGGCCUCGGUGAAUUGGAUAAAAAGCUCGAAGUCGAUGUGCUGGACAAGGGAAGGGAAACCUGGAAACCCAAACUCGUGUUCGAGAAUAAAACGAAGAUCAACAAUGACUCUGGUAUCAUGCAUAUCAACAGGAAAACUGUAGAUAUUGAUAUAUUCGAUGUGGAAGCCGCACCUUGGCUAGAAGAGGAACCUCCGUUCCCGAUCUAUUACCCACCUCCAGUUCGGGCUCUCGAUUCUUCAGAAGACGAGAAGACUACACCGUAUUCUGGCCAGAUCAUUAGAUUGAGGGGAGGUUUGAGUGCUAGAGAUGGGUACGUUGAGGUUCAAGGAGCUCAUCCAGGUUGGGGAGUUAUUUGCGACGUUAAAAAUGAAUGGACCAUUAAGGAGGCGGAUGUAAUCUGUCGACAAUUGGGAUUUUCGAGAGGAGCUGCAACUGCAUGGCAAGGUCGCCCACCAGCCGACGAUAUCCCGUCCUGGGUGGCUGCUACGAGUGUCCAGUGUUUCGGAAACGAAACAAAGUUUCAAAAAUGUAGAUUCAUUCACGGAACUGACUGCAAUGUGGCACGUGAUGCUGUGGGCAUCACUUGUCUCCCCAAUCGAGUGGCCCACUGUCGGAAGGACGAGGUGGCUCAUGCGGGCAACUGCUAUCACCUCGCUGAUGCCGAUACUGGGCUCAAUCACGACGAGGCCCUGCGAUACUGCACGGAUAGGCAGUCGAGGCUGAUCGAUAUUACGAGUCAGAAUGAGAAUAAUUUCUUGUCUGAGUGGCUUAUGCUGGAUCAUCCCAGGGUGGAGACCAUCAUGACCGGUGGCCUCGGAUUCUCUAUGAUGAAUAAAACUAUUUGGAUAUGGGAAGACUCUGCCAAGGCCAAAUUCAAAUUUGCAAAGUGGUGGCCAGGCUGGACGGGAGAGAAACCCAUCCCCCCCUGGACGAGUUCCCGGCCUUCCUGCAUAAUAAUGAAGAAAAGUUUUCCCUGUUUCGAUCGUCCAGACCGAAACUGCAGCUCCGAGUACUUCUUCUGGGACGCGGAGGACUGCGCAUCGUCGAGCAAGGGUCACUCCUACAUUUGCAAGAAGCCUUACGACGACAUAAGCUGUGUUUACGGCAAGGGCCACCAGUACUCCGGUCACGCGAAUGUCACGGCUUCCGGGAGGACUUGCCUCCCCUGGAGCGAUGGGACAGUGGCUUACGCUCUGAUGGUCAGUGUUCCCGAUCGCGAUGUCAGGAAUAAAUUGAAGGAGCACAACUACUGUAGGAAUCCCAAUCCCACCCAGGAAUCGAGACCCUGGUGCUUCGUGGGAGCUUACGGGGAGAAGGAAUACUGUGACAUUCCUGCCUGUGGAAGCUCAGGACAAGCCAGAUCUCCCCAAGGUGGUCAAUGUAAAAAAGGUCUCUUUGAAUGCCUCCCAGAGGAGUGCAUCCCCUCCCACUGGGUGUGCGACGGCGAGGAGGACUGCACAAACGGUAAAGACGAAAAAUUCUGCUCACAGCAUUUAAAUUUCUUUGAGAAAACUGUGCAACACAAACUCGAGGGCUACGACGUGGAGAAAUGGCUCAACACUCCCCCGAAAACUUGCGCAUUGAGAUGCAAAGAGGCGGACUUCACCUGCCGCUCAUUCUCCCACAAGGCGGACGGAAACUUGUGUUUACUGAGUGAUCACAACGUCGGCAGCACUGGGGGCUUGGUUGCAGACGUGGGCUUCGAUUUUUACGAGAUGAAUGAUCGUAAAAUGGACUGCUCCGAGAUGUUUGUUUGCAGUAAUAAAAAGUGCAUCAAUCAGACGCAAGUUUGCGAUGGAAAAAACGACUGCAAUGACAGGUCUGACGAGAGUAUUUGCACUCUUGAGAAUCUGGAUUAUGGGAUACGAUUGAGGGGAUCUAAAGCUCCUAAUGAGGGGAGGGUUGAAGUCAAGGUUUUGGGACACUGGGGACAGGUUUGCGACGACGGAUUUGGGAUGAUCGACGCCGAAGUCAUCUGCAAGGAACUUGGAUUUAAUUUGGGAGCCUUGGAAGUGAGACCCGGAGGAUUCUUCGGGAAUAUGGAUCCGCCGACUGUCUUCAUGGUCGAUCAGUUGAAGUGCCGAGGGAAUGAGACGUCUCUUAGGGAGUGCGACUUUAAUGGAUGGGGUGUGCACGACUGCUCCCCCGAAGAGGCAGUCGGCGUCGUCUGCAAGACAGCGCAGGACACCUGCAAGGACGGCGAAUGGAAAUGCGAUAACAGUCCCACUUGUAUUCGGACCCCAUUCAUCUGCGACGAAGUCGUCGACUGUCCGGAUGGAUCUGACGAGAGUCCCUCGCAUUGUGAAGCACCUUUCGAAAUUCGUUUGGUCAACGGGAGUCAUUCCACUGAAGGCAGAGUAGAGGUGAGACAUCAUGGAGUCUGGGGAACAGUCUGUGAUGAUGAUUUCACUCACGCUGCGGCUAAAGUCAUCUGCAGGGCUCUGGGGUAUGGAGGGAGUGCUGUUGCGAAGAAAAAUGGCUACUUCGGAGCUGGGGAAGGGCCGAUUUGGCUGGAUGAGGUCGUUUGCUAUGGGAAUGAAACCCAAUUGUACCACUGUGAGCACGAUCAUUGGGGCGAGAGUAAUUGCAACCACGACGAGGACGUGGGGGUGAUCUGUCAAGAGGGGCCAAUCAGUUUCGACGAGAAGAAUGACGACAACCUGCCGGAAAUAACGAUCAAUGAAAUUCUGCCGGCUGAAUGUGGCAAGAGACUCAAAGACUUUGACGAGGGGGACAAAAUGUUCGAGAGGGUGGUGAGGGGCUCUGUCGCACCCAAGGACUCUUACCCGUGGCAGGCGAGUUUAAGGGUCAGGGGUCACAGCCGAUCGAACCACUGGUGUGGGGCGGUUAUUGUAUCGCCUCUUCACGUUUUAACAGCUGCACAUUGUCUGGAGGGCUACAAUAAGGGCACGUACUUCGUACGUGCUGGAGAUUACAAUACUGAGAUCGAUGAAGGAACUGAAGUAGAAGCGAACAUAGAGGAUUACUACAUCCACGAGGAAUUCCGGAAAGGUCAGAGGAUGAACAAUGACAUUGCUCUCGUGCUAUUAAAAGGCCGGGGAAUCCCCCUGGGCGAGCACGUAAUGCCAAUUUGUUUACCACCGAGGAAUGCCGAGUAUCCUGGUGGACUCAACUGCACCAUCAGUGGAUUCGGAAGUAUCGAGAAUGGAAAAUCCGCACACUCCAGGGAUUUGCGGUUUGGCUGGGUGCCACUGAUCGAUCAAAAUGUUUGCAAGGCUGAUUAUGUUUAUGGGAAUAAGAGGAUAACUGACGGAAUGCUUUGCGCUGGCUAUUUGGAUGAGGGAGUUGAUGCUUGUGACGGGGACUCUGGAGGACCCCUGGCUUGUUAUAGAAACGGGGCUUUUACACUGUAUGGUAUUACCAGCUGGGGCCAGCACUGCGGAGAAGUUAAUAAACCUGGGGUUUAUGUGAGAAUAUCUCAUUACCGAGAUUGGAUAGACAAAAAAAUUCAAGACUCCCUCUCAGGGCGGUGAAUAAAAAUUCAACGGAGAUGGAAAUAUUUUUUUCAUUACUAUUCCGAGGGAAUCAGCAAACUACUUGAGAGAAAAUUAUUUCGAGCCCAAAGAUGCAGCUGUAUUAAUUGUAAUAGAAGUAUAGAUCAAGGCGAAUAAUAAAGAAAUUUUUAUUGCAUUGUUA